GCCGGGUCGAUGUCGGAUCACGAGGACUUCGCUGGCCUGGUUGGCCCCUGGAACUCGUCGGACUUCAGCCUCUUCAACCCGGCUAGCGUGGUGGUCCCCGUCAUCUUCUCGCUGAUUUUCUUACUGGGCACGGUGGGUAACAGCCUGGUACUGGCCGUCCUCCUGAGAAGCGGACAACGGACGCACAACACCACCAACCUCUUCAUCCUCAACCUGAGCGUGGCCGACGUCUCCUUCAUCGUCUUCUGCGUGCCCUUCCAGGCCACCAUCUAUUCCUUGGAGGACUGGGUCUUUGGGGCCUUCAUGUGCAAAGCUGUCCACUUUUUUAUCUACCUCACCAUGUACGCCAGCAGCUUCACCCUGGCAGCCGUCUCCGUGGACCGGUAUCUGGCGAUUCGCUAUCCCCUGCGCUCUCGCGAGCUCCGGACCCCAUGUAAUGCGGUAGCCACAAUGGCCAUUAUUUGGGGCCUCUCCGUGGUCUUAGCCGGACCGUACCUGAGCUACUAUGACCUGAUGGAGUACGAGUCCAGCCACAUCUGCGUGCCAGGGUGGAAGCAAAGGACCCGCAAGAUUAUGGAUACGGGGACGUUCAUCGUGGGUUAUGUGAUUCCGGUGCUUAUUGUAAGUCUCUCUUACACCAGGACCAUAAAGUACCUCUGGACGGCUGUAGAUCCACUAGAGGACAUGUCAGAGUCCAAAAAGGCUAAGAGAAAAGUGACCAAGAUGAUUAUAAUCGUGACAGUGCUCUUCUGUCUUUGCUGGCUUCCCCACCACGUGGUCGUGAUGUGUUAUCUUUACGGCCACUUUCCCUUCAAUCAGGCUACCUACGCGUUUCGCUUGCUCUCUCACUGCAUGGCCUACGCCAAUUCCUGCCUCAACCCCAUCGUCUACGCUUUGGUGUCGAAGCAUUUCCGUAAAGGGUUCCAGAAGGUUUUCAGCUGUCUGUUGAGGAAGAAAGGCCGGAACAAGGUUCACGUGGUGCAGGCAGCCCAGGUGGAGCCGGGGUUUGACGCUGCCUCCACCGAAGUGUCACAUGUCAAUGGAGAACGCGGAAAGAGAAAUGGACACCAACCCCGCCGUAACCUCUCUGAUUGCCCCAGACCGUUGGGUACUCCUUGAGUACUCG